GAAUUUUGAAGUCAAUAUUGAGGAACAUAGAAUAAUAUAUUUCCAAUUCCGAGCUAUUCUUGCUGCUUGAGCACUCUAACCUCCAGAAAGUCACCAUGGCAACAUCCUUGGCGCACAUCCGGGCAAUCGCCAACGCUUGUGAACGUCACUACCAUUGAUUGACCAACCCUGGCUCUCCCAGCUUCCCCAGCGGUCAGCAGACCACUCCACCCCAGCCAGCCACUGUCCAGCUGUCACCAGCUUCCCCGAUAGCUUUCCUUCCGUCUUCGGCAUCACCACGUCUCCCUCUCCCUCUCUGGUACGAAGUACGACACGCUCAUUCCAUUAAUUAGCGCCAGCCAACGCCCAUAAUAACCAACUACCUCCCCAACACCCAACACCAACCAUGACUCGUCACACCCCCGAGUUUCUACGGGCACGCAGUUCCAACCUCUCGAUGCGGUCUCUAGCCAUGGAGCAGUCGAUGACGAUGCGCGCCGAGGUCAUCGACAACACGGUCGAUGCGAAGGACUUGAACCCCGAGGCUUUCAUCAAGCCCUACCUCGACUUUAUGACCGAGAACCCGACCGUCUUCCACGCCGUCGACUAUUUCAAGGAGAAGCUGCUCAAGGCUGGCUACAAGGAGCUCUCCAGCCGCGAUAGCUGGAUCGGAAAGCUCGAGCCCGGCGGCAAGUACUACACCACCCGUAACGGCAGCUCCAUCAUCGCUUUUGCCGUCGGUCAAGCCUACAAGCCCGGCAAUGGCGUCGCCAUGAUCGCCGGUCACAUCGACGCCCUGACCGCCCGCCUCAAGCCGACGAGCAAGAAGUCGGACUCGCACGGCUAUGUCCAGCUCGGUGUCGCGCAGUACGCUGGCGCCCUGAACUCUACAUGGUGGGAUAGGGACCUGAGCAUCGGUGGCCGCGUCAUUGUCCGCGACCCCGAGACGGGCAAGACGACGGUGAAGCUGGUCAAGCUCGACUGGCCCAUCGCUCGCAUUGCUACGCUCGCUCCUCACUUCGGCCUUAGCAUGACCGGCCACGGCAACCGCGAGACCGAAAUGGUGCCCAUCAUUGGCCUCGACAACAGCGAUCUCAGCUCCGCCACUGCGUCCUCUGCACAACCCCUUGGCGGACAAGGCUCCUUCGCCUCCACACAACCCCCCAAGCUCGUGAAGCUCAUCACCAAAGAGCUCUCCAUCAGCGAUCCCAGCACCAUCCUCAACUGGGAGCUCGAGCUGUACGACUCGCAACCCGCCGCCGUCGGCGGCAUGGACAAGGAGUUCAUCUUCGCCGGCCGCAUCGACGACAAGCUCUGCUCCUGGGCCGCCUUCAUGGCCCUCCUGCACGCCAAGUCGGACCCUUCGGAGAGCAACAUCAAGCUGGUUGCCCUCUUCGACGACGAGGAGAUCGGCUCGCUGCUCCGCCAGGGCGCGCGCGGCAACUUCCUGCCCAUCACCAUCGAGCGGGCCGUCGAGAGCCUCACGGACCGGGCCGAGGGCGCGGCGUUCGGGCCGGGGGUGAUGGGGCAGACGUACGCGGGGUCGUUCCUGGUGUCGUCGGACGUGACGCACGCGGCGCACCCCAACUUCCCGCAGACCAACCUGGCGGACCACUCGCCGCGGCUCAACGUCGGCGUGGCGCUGUGCGUGGACGCGUCGGCGCACAUGACCACCGACAGCGUCAGCAUGGCCAUCCUCGACCGCGUCGCCGCCCUCGCCGGCUGCGUCAACCAGCGCCACAUGAUUCGCAACGACUCCCGCUCCGGCGGCACCGUCGGCCCCAUGCUCAGCUCCGCCAUGGGCUGCAAGGCCGCCGACGUCGGCAUCCCCCAGCUGAGCAUGCACAGCAUCCGCGCCACCACCGGAAACCUGGACCCCGGCCUCGGCCUCAAGUUUUACAAGGGCUUCUUGGAUCACUGGGAUGCCGUCGAUCGGGAGUGGCGCAAGUAGAAGGGGUGAUGGGUUUAAUUGGUUGAGAUAAAUUGGUUAAGAGGAGAGAGGAUAGAUACCAUGGACGAGAUAGUUGAUGCGGUGUAGAUACGGGACGGUACAAUAUAGUAUGGGAUGGCAUGACAUAUAGCGUGAGCGGUCUUAGACUGUAGCAUAUGAACAAGACCUGUCAUAUACGUCGUUCUUCAAAAUGUUUGGUCUGGACAUGAAAC